AUGGCCUCCCACACUGGGGAGCACGGGCUCCUGCCCUGCGGGUCCUGCGGCAUGGUUUUCCACUCCUGGGCCCUGUUGGCUGCUCACACUCAGCGCUUCUGCAUAGGCCGAUUGACCCAGGAGGUGACACUUGGAGCACAGCCCUCGAAAGACUUGGAACCACAAGGCUCCAUGGUUGUGUCACAAGGACACCAAGGAUUCCAAGACCAGGAGGCCAGCAAAUCGGCUCUAAGGAGGCUAACAGAGGAGGUGCAGGGGCUGCGGCUGUAUCUGCAGGAAAUGCAACCCGGGAUAACAAUGAUUCCCAAGGAGUCAGCGGGGCCCUGGGGGCACUCAAAGUCUCCGACCCGGGGUCCCACCUCUGAGGCCGCUGGGAAUCCCGGCGAGCGGCUGCGGGAGCUGCACUGGAACCACACAAGGCGUGUGGCAGAAACGGAAGCACAGAGCAGGGCUCUGGAGCUACGCAGCGAAGGACUGAACCAGCGCCUCCAAGGUUUGGCCCGGACCAGGGGCGGUAUAGCACGGCUGUUAGGCCUGGAGCGGGAGCUUCGAGAACUCCGGGCUGAGGCGGGGCGAACCAGGGGGGCUCUAGAGGUGUUGGGAACUCGCGUUCAGCAGCUGCAGGCCGAGCCCAGGACCGGGCUGAACUCCAUGCGAGAGGCAGAACUCUAUUGUCCGGUGCUGCAGUCCAACCCAGGGACUCUGGCUGCGGAGAUCGGAGCCCUGCGAGAGGCCUACAUUCGAGGUGGGGGCCGGGACCCUGGCGUUCUGGGCCAGAUAUGGCAGUUGCAAAUGGAGGCGUCAGCUCUGGAGCUUCAGCGGUCGCGGACCCGCAGGGGAAGGCAGGCAGGUUCCACAUCUGGGGAGCUUCUUGUCGUGGAGGCUGAAAACCAGCACCUGGAGACAGAAAUCCUGGCUUUGCAGAUGCAGAGGAGCGCAGGCUCGGCGCCCUGGGGCUCCAGGAAGCCACAGUUUGUGGUCAAUCCCAGCCCACGCCUGAGAAGAAGGGAAGAUCCCCCAUGCCUCCCGCCACCGGUGGCUCCCCCACUGCCACCACUUCCACACUCUGCAGGCAUUUUAUUCUCAGGUGGCACAGAAAAGACUCUUCCUGGAGCCAUGACCAGGAACCUGGGCGUGGAUCCACACUUUGUUCUGCCCACAACUGAUGUUCUGGGCCCUGCACCCUAUGACCCUGGGGCUGGCCUGGUCAUUUUCUAUGACUUCCUGCGGGGCCUUGAGGCUUCUUGGAUUUGGGUGCAACUGAUGACUAGCUUGGCUCGAGAUGGACAGCAUACAGGAGGCACCACAGCUUUGCCCCCAGCCUUUUGCUUACCCUCUCCUCCAGCUCCUGGGCCCAUGGGCAGCUGUGCCAUCCUUGCCAGCAGGCAGCCUGUACCCAGGCUACCACCCUCAACAUCAGUGUCUUUGGUCUGUGAGCUACAAGCCUGGCAGGGGCUGGCAUGGGGUAGGGCACCACAACCAAAAGCCUGGGCCUCAGUGGUGCUCUUUGAUGGGGAUCAGAGGGUACUAAGUGGCCGCUGGCGUCUCCUACUUCGGGCCCUUCCUGUGGACCCCAGCCUUAGCCUUGGACAGCUGAAUGGAAUUCCCCAGGUAGGUCAGGCUGAGCUCUUUCUGCGGCUGGUGAAUGCAAGAGAUGCAGCUGCCCAGGCAUUGGCAGAGAUCAAUCCAGCAAGUGCCCAUGAGUAUCAAUACCCACCUCCGGUGCCCAGCUCUUCUCUGGAGGCAAGCUCCUUUGCCCCAAGAACUGGCUUUGUUGAUCCCUCUCUUCCUGCAGGAGAGGCCCUUGACAGCAGUCAGGGAUAA